AUGGCCGAUCCGCAACCUAGUAUCACAUCCAUCCUGGCUGCUUUAGCAGCGCAGCGACCUAAUGCGACCCCUCCGCAAAACCAGCAGCCUGCAUACCAGCCACCCCCUCAACAACAGUCAAAUCCUUAUGGACAACCUGGCGGAUACUCUUUACCUCAACCUACAAACUCAGGCAGUGUCGAUCUCAGCGGUAUCAAGCCCGUAAGCUCUGGAACUGUUAGUAUUCAAGAUGCUAUCGCAAAAGCAAAGGUGAUUGCUGCUGAGAAGGGCGUCUCUUACGAUAGAGCUCCAUCUUAUGGCGGACAGCACCAGCCCAUGCCUUCCGGUAGACCAUACAGUCCACGAUCGAGAUCCAGGUCUCCGCAGCCAACACGUCGCGAUGCAUUCCGUGAUAAUUUCAACCCAUAUCGCGAUGAAAGACGAGGCCCACCUGGAAGAGAUUAUCGCGAACGUUCAUUUUCUCCCGGCCUACGAGGCAGAGUUCCUUCUGAUGCUUUCCCACCUGCGCAUGGGGGCUCAAGUGGCUAUGUUCGUGAGCGUUCUCCAAUACGCGGUGGAGAGGAGAACGUCGAAUCAAUUUCAAUUGAAUCGAAUCUUGUAGGAUUGAUCAUUGGCAGACAGGGCGAGAACUUGAGAAGAGUGGAGUCAGAAACCGGCUGCAGAGUACAAUUCAUUACUGGUCCUGAUGAAACAGGCCCUUUUAGAACUUGCAAAAUCACUGGUCCUCGUGCUCGUAGAGCCGAUGCUAAGGCUGAGAUUACUCGCAUCAUCGAUGAUAGUGGUUUGGGCCCACUUUCAGACCGAGCCCCAAGACAAGAUAAUAACACUAGAGAUUCAUCACACCAACCAGCAUUGAGAGAUGGCGAGGAUAGUAUGCAAAUUAUGGUUCCGGAUAGAACAGUUGGUCUUAUUAUCGGUCGUGGUGGAGAGACGAUCAGGGAUCUUCAAGAGCGAAGUGGCUGCCAUGUCAAUAUCGUUGGGGAGCAGAAGAGUGUUAAUGGACUUCGACCUGUCAACCUCAUAGGUACUCGAGAGGCUGCCGCCAUGGCCAAAGACCUAAUCAUGGAAAUUGUGGAGAGCGAUAGUAAGAGUGCACCAAAGGAACGCGCACCCGCUCCAAGAGAGAACAACCGUGACGCGGGCUACGGUGGUGCUUAUGGCAGCGGCGGUGGUGGUCAAGGAGAUAAGAUCAAUGAUUCUAUCUUCGUACCUUCCGAGGCUGUAGGCAUGAUCAUCGGAAAAGGUGGAGAAACGAUUAAAGACAUGCAAAAUACGACUGGUUGCAAGAUCAACGUUACCCAGUCUUCAGGACCAGGUGAGGUUGAACGUGAAAUCGGUCUUGUAGGUUCCCAACAAGCGAUAGCUGCUGCCAAACGAGCCAUCGAAGAUAAAGUUGAGGCUGUGAAAAAUAAUGGUGGUGGUGGCGGUGGUGGUCAUCGUAACAAUCGUGGACACCAGAAUCAACAGAAUGAUUAUGGAGACCGUGGCUAUUCCCAACAAUCAUACUCCCAGCCACAAGGACAACAAGGACAACAAGCACCUCCAGUCGGUGCUGAAGACCCUUAUGCAGCUUAUGGUGGAUAUGCCAAUUAUGCCCAACUUUGGUACCAGGCAUUGGCAGCGCAAGGUCAAAGUGAUACAACCAAACCGCCAGGAACUUCGUAA